GCCUGCACUCACUUUUUACCACCACAUCCAGGCCAGCCUGCAGUGCCAAUAUCAUGCGCUGCCUUCCUCUUUCCCUCCUUAUAACUCUCCUAACUUCAAUUUCACCAGUCCUAUCGUUGAAAUAUCCACAUUCAUAUCAUACACACAACUACUAUGUGCUAGAACACAAUCCAGCAGGUCCCGCAUCCCUGGCGGAGGUCACCAAUACCCUCGGAGUGGAAGUCGUCGACAAGGUCGGCGAGCUCGCCAACCACUGGCUAGUUAGGACAGAAAAUCAACUCGUGUCACGAACGGAAACACCGGGUGAUCAUGUUAUGGAAAAGUACAAAACACUGCGAGCACGAGCCUCAUCGACACAUCUAUUAAUUCGUUCAAGUGAGGAGAGUCUAGCUAAACGAUUCGACUCCUCCGUCCAAUAUCUCUCUCGACAAGAGCUGCGACAAAGAGUAAAACGUGCCCCACCGCCUAUAACAUCUGAUGCGUCGGGAAGUGUUGCAGAGAGGAUGGGUAUACAGGACCCGCUGUUCUCAGAACAAUGGCAUCUAGUCAAUAACGAACAGCCGGAACAUAUGAUGAACGUGACGGCUGUGUGGGACUCGGGCAUUACUGGGAAGGGCGUCAUAACUUCUUUUGUAGACGAUGGGUUGGAUUAUACCAAUAUCGACCUAAAGGAAAAUUUCGAUGCGGUUAAUUCUCAUGAUUUCAAUGACCAUACCGACCUACCAACCCCGAAGCUCUUUGAUGACCACCAUGGCACCCGUUGUGCUGGUCAAGUUGCUGCUGGAAAGAACACCGCGUGCGGUAUCGGUAUUGCUUACGAGUCGAAAGUUGCUGGAGUUCGCAUUCUUUCUGGACCGAUUUCUGACGUCGACGAGGCUGCUGCCUUGAAUUUCGGGUUUCAAAACGUUUCCAUCUAUAGCUGCAGUUGGGGACCUCCAGACAAUGGGCAAGCAAUGGAAGGACCUUCUCAACUCAUUAAGAAAGCCGUUCUGAAUGGGAUUAAUAAUGGUCGAGGUGGAAAGGGCUCCAUAUUCGUGUUUGCCAGCGGAAAUGGUGCUGCAAGAGGGGACCAAUGUAACUUUGACGGCUACACCAACAGUAUCUAUUCGGUUACCAUAUCUGCUGUGGACUAUAAAGGCUUACAUCCAUAUUAUUCCGAGGCGUGUGCUGCGAACAUGGUCGUCGCAUAUAGCUCCGGUAGUGGUAAACACAUCGUCACGAGUGAUCGGGGCGAAAACGCCUGCGCCAGGAACCAUGGAGGAACUUCGGCAGCUGCCCCUAAUGCCGCUGGUGUGAUCGCGCUAGCGAUGGAAGUCAGACCGGACCUAACGUGGCGUGAUAUCCAACAUCUUUGCGUCAGAACUGCCCGCAUGAUCAACCACAACGAUCCUGACUGGGAAAAAACUGCACAAGGCCGCCUUUAUAGCUAUAAGUACGGUUUUGGAGCGUUGGAUGCAGGGCUAUUCGUUCCGACAGCGAAGGAGUGGAAGAAUGUCAAACCACAGGUCUGGUUGAAAACGCCAACGGUAGUGUUGGGAAACGGGAAGAUGACGGAGGAACAGCAAUAUAGCGGAGGCGUCUUCAUCACUCAGCUGAAGAAUCCGCAAGGGGAAGGCGAGCGAUCGGAUCCAAAUGCAGGGGUUAAAAGCACCAUUACUAUCACACAGGAAAUGCUUGAUGCCGCUAAUUUCGAGAAAUUGGAACAUAUACAGGUGAAAGUAUGGAUAUCUCAUGCACGAAGAGGGGAUGUAGAAGUAGAGAUUGUCAGUCCUGCAGGUGUCAAAAGUGUUCUUGGUGGGAGAAGGCCGGACGAUGCAGAUGGCAGUGGUUAUCCAGGUUGGACUUUCAUGUCUGUUAAGCACUGGGACGAAAAUCCUGCGGGUAACUGGACGAUUCAUGUAACAGAUCAAAAUAUUCCUGGGCGUAACGGUACUUUCCUUGGUUGGAACAUGAUGUUUUGGGGGUCUGCUCUCGAUCCUGCGAAAUCUGUAUUGUAUGAACUCCCGGAGGAGGAUACCAUCUUUCCACCGCAUGACGACCCCCCUCUUGUGGUUGGUGGUGCUUCAACGACUCGUUUCCCUACCAAACCAACCGCACACCUUCCUGGCGAUCAUGGUCAGGCAGAAGGAGAAAAUACAAAACCUGCUUUCCCUAAUGAUGCUGCUGCACCCACAAGUACCCCGACCGCAGACGAAGGAUGGUUCCCUGAUAUGAACAAGUUGGGUAAUAGUCAGAAAUGGUUCUUUGGUGGGAUCGCAGUUGUCGCCGUGUUUGGCAUAGGUGUUGGACUGUUCUUCUGGAGGAGACGCACAAUGAACCAGAAACGAAAGCAACAGUACGAAAGCCUUGCCGGAGAGGAAAUUGUGGGCAUGAGCUCCAUGGGUAACAGUGGUGUGACUGGAAGAGAUCAUGCAACCGGCGGUCGUGCUGGAAGAGGCAGAGGCACCACCAGGGAGUUAUACGAUGCGUUCGGGGAGGUUUCCGAUGAUGAUGACGAUGCCGACGAAGCAACGAGGCUACAACCUGACAGGACGACGGGGGUUGCCUCAAGCGGUCUAGGAUUCCAUUCAGGAUUUUUGGAUGACGAGGAUGAACCAUCUUCUCGUGGUGGUUACCGAGACGAGCCCGGGCCCGAGUUGGGUAUACGUCAAGAACACUAGAUAGUAUUUAUAUGACCAUCUCAAGUAAAAGGCACUAACCCAGUACUAUUAUCAAUUUGUUCGCGUGUAACAGGAGCUAUUUAUAUGAUUUGCGCCCUUCCACAGCCAGCA